CCAUAGAAAGCAUUUGGAACUGGCUACAAAUCCAAAAGCUCAGCCCCAGUCCAGAAGUGCUUUUCAUUGCCCAGGUCUCUGCCUGUCCUCAUGUUUCAGUGAGUGUUGAGGAGCACCAGCAGAUGGGGCUGAAAUGCUGCAGAGUGAAACACUUCCAGCACAGAGUGAACAUCAGGAGAGGGGGAAUGUCGGUGAGUUUGAGCACCCAGUUAACUCCUGCUGUCUGCUGAAUUUUCCAGAAGAGGAUGCCCUGCUGCAGGAGGAGCCAGGAGGCAAAGAAGAGGCACCACAAAUUGUGGAUUUGGAGCAGCUGGUGCCCGUGGGGGGUGUGUACCACAUCUCUGCCCUGCAGCUGCCACCCCAGGCCCAGGACGUCGGGGACUGGACCAUGGUGGAGCUGCUGGAUAUUGGAUUGGAGGUGUAUCCAUAUUCCUCAGGAGAGGCUGAAGAUGGCACACAGGAAGCAGUACGGAUAACCCUGAGGCUCCCUGAUAAUGUGAUUUAUUUUAAAGUGCCUGUACUAGCCCGAUGGGAUCCUGCAGGCCAGCAGUGGAGAACUGGUGGCAUCAGCAAGAUAACCUAUGAAGCAGAAGAAAAGAGCAUCACCUUUAGUAUGGGUGCCUUUUAUACAGUAGCCCUUCUCCAGGAUGCUCAUCUGAACCUGCCCUAUCAGGCCUGGGAAUUGCAUCCUACUGGUGUGGAUGAAGGACUCUUCACAGUUACUGCAGUCUUUGCAACCAUUCAGAUACAAAUUAAGGUACUGUCAAUAACUUUUUAA